CGAAGCCGGCAAUGGAGCGGCUGUGGUGACGGCGGCGGCGGUAUGGCGGACCCGCUGAGCGUCGGCGUGAACCUGGAGGCCUUCUCCCAGGCCAUCAGUGCCAUCCAGGCGCUGCGCUCCAGCGUGAGCAGGGUGUUCGACUGCCUGAAGGAUGGCAUGCGCAACAAGGAGACGCUGGAGGGCCGGGAGAAGGCCUUCAUCGCGCACUUCCAGGACAACCUGCACUCGGUCAACCGGGACCUCAACGAGCUGGAACGUCUGAGCAACCUGGUGGGCAAGCCGUCGGAGAACCACCCGCUCCAUAACAGCGGCCUGCUGAGCCUGGACCCCGUGCAGGACAAAACUCCCCUCUACAGCCAGCUCCUUCAAGCCUACAAGUGGUCAAACAAGUUGCAGUACCACGCAGGCCUGGCAUCCGGCCUUCUGAAUCAACAGUCGCUGAAACGCUCUGCUAACCAGAUGGGAGUGUCUGCGAAACGCCGGCCCAAGGCGCAGCCCACCACGCUCGUCCUGCCGCCUCAGUAUGUUGAUGACGUGAUCAGCCGCAUUGACAGGAUGUUUCCUGAAAUGUCCAUCCAGUUAUCCAGACCCAAUGGAACGUCAGCGAUGCUCCUGGUGACCUUGGGAAAGGUGCUGAAAGUGAUUGUCGUCAUGCGGAGCCUGUUCAUUGACCGAACGAUCGUGAAGGGCUACAACGAGAACGUCUACACGGAAGACGGCAAGCUGGAUAUAUGGUCCAAGUCCAACUACCAAGUGUUCCAGAAGAGAGGAAAGGAGAGGGAAGAAGAGAUAGAAACAUCAGUGAUGAGAGGGGAUCAUUGGUGUGCUGGCCGCACCGUGACCACCUGGCUGAGAAGCUACAUAAAGCUGUUCCAGGCGCUCUGCCAGCGCUGCGGGAAGUUCCUGCAGGACGGUCUGUCUUCUACCUGGAGGGACUUUCGCACCCUCGAAGCCUUCCACGACACCUGCCGGCAAUGA